AAAUGACUACACCAAAGGAUACUUAUGAUACAGGCGCGCGCCCAGCCCAUUAUCUCCACGAAAUGAUCUUACCAAUCAGCCACGUAGAGGAACGAGGGAUGUAUGCAGGCCAGUAAGUACUCUGAUACAUAACGGAAAAGUGUCGCCAUAGAGAGAACAGCUGGGCACGAUGGAGGAGUGUGUGGUAAUUGAAUGGUCGCAAGCAGUACAACAGAGCGAAGCUGGACAGGCGAGACUCGACGACAAGGAAAAUAUCGCGUCAGGCUUGUCUUUAAGAGUGCCUGCAUCUGAACCAAAUGAUUAUUCGAGGUCCAACAAUGGCCUCCUGGUGAAUCUGGAUCUAAUCUUCUUAGUUCUUUACAUAAAAAGGAAAGAUGAAGUUGCUUCAGGAAUGGACAUUCACAGAUUCGAACUGAGGUCACUCGCUACAAUGUACACGAUGAAACAGCUACACCAAAAGCCGUGAUAAAUAUACCGCUCCGAUAUAUUUUGUUGUUCAUAAUGUGGUCAAGAGAAAUAACGCAGAGAGAGUACAAAGAACUUGAACACAGCAAUAAAACACAGACCCGCCAAACACGA